ACGCAGCUGCAGGCCAGAGCUCCACCCUCAGCUCCCAGCGCCAUGGAGGAGGCGUGUGUUCUGCGUCGGCCCUGCCUCCUGCACCCCUCCCACCCCUCCCGGUGCGGAGUGGCGUCCAGAGCAGGCAGGGCCGGCUACGGGAUCGCAUUUUGUUCCCAGCUUCACAGAUGCGUGAGCUGACUCGUGAGACAGCCACAUUCCAGCCCCCUACACCACACACCCCGCCUUUCUCCGUGCAGGCCUUGGGCCUUGGCGCCAGUACUCCUGAAUACACCUGGCACUGGCAUGUGACCUUGGGCACACCUGGUCCCCAGAGCUGCUGUGAGGAUUGUGCUGAACGCUGGUUUAGUCAGAGCCAGCCAGGGCUCAGAAAGGAGCUGUUUUCAUUCUUGCCUCACGCAACACAGUUGUACCAGCAUGUACCAGAGAAACGCUGGCCCAUCGUGUACUCACCACGUUACAACAUCACCUUCAUGGGCCUGGAGAAGCUGCAUCCCUUUGAUGCUGGGAAAUGGGGCAAGGUGAUCAACUUCCUGAAAGAAGAGAAGCUGCUGUCCGAUAGCAUGCUGGUGGAGGCUCGGGAGGCCUCGGAAGAAGACUUGCUGGUGGUGCACACGAGGCGCUAUCUCAACGAGCUUAAGUGGUCCUUUGUGGUGGCUACCAUCACUGAGAUCCCCCCUGUCAUCUUUCUCCCCAACUUCCUUGUGCAGAGGAAGGUGCUGAGGCCCCUGCGGACCCAGACUGGAGGCACCAUCAUGGCAGGGAAGCUGGCUGUGGAGCGAGGCUGGGCCAUCAAUGUUGGUGGUGGCUUCCACCACUGCUCCAGUGACCGUGGCGGGGGCUUCUGCGCCUAUGCAGACAUCACACUGGCUAUCAAGUUCCUGUUUGAACGUGUGGAAGGCAUUUCCAGAGCUACCAUCAUUGAUCUCGAUGCCCACCAGGGCAACGGGCAUGAGCGAGACUUCAUGGGUGACAAGCGAGUAUACAUCAUGGAUGUUUACAACCGCCACAUCUACCCUGGGGAUCGCUUUGCAAAAGAGGCCAUCAGGCGGAAGGUGGAGUUGGAGUGGGGCACAGAAGAUGAGGAGUAUCUGGAGAAGGUGGAGAGGAAUGUGAGGAGAUCACUCCAGGAGCACCUGCCUGACGUAGUGGUGUACAACGCGGGCACAGACGUGCUGGAGGGGGACCGCCUCGGGGGGCUGUCCAUCAGCCCAGCGGGCAUUGUGAAGAGGGACGAAGUGGUUUUCCGGGUGGUCCGAGCCCAUGAUAUACCCAUCCUCAUGGUGACCUCGGGUGGGUACCAGAAGCGCACAGCCCGUAUUAUCGCCGACUCCAUCCUCAAUUUGCAUGACCUGGGGCUCAUUGGGCCUGAGUUUCCCUGCGUCUCGGCACAGAACUCAAGCAUCCCCCUGCUUUCCUGUGCUGUGCCUUGACGGCUACUCACAGAACAUUAUCAUUCCUGCCCCCCACCCCAUCCACCCGCCCACCCGCUUGUGUUUGUUGCUGUGAAGACAGCUGCCAGUGAGCGUGGAGGGGCAGGAAGAGCAGGAGCCAGCCUUGCUGGCCGCUCCUCCACUCCCCACCAGGUGCCCAAGGGUCUCUGGGCCUUGGGGUGGAAGAGCUGAGCCCCAGGGAGGAGCUCACCCGGGAUGCAGGCAGGCCAUCAAGAGUCAGAGAGGACAGCUUAGUUUCAGCCACAGGGAGGGACCUCUGGGAUGGGGGCGCCUGCUGUCUAGUCAGCCAGAAGAAGGGCCCUCCCUGAUUUCAGUCUGGAGAGGGUCCCCCUCCUGGAUGGUGCCCAUGGGUCUGAGGAAAGUUUCCAUAGCCAGCCUCCAGGGGGCACUGGGAAGGACGCUGGGAGUCUCCAGUUUGGGUUCCCAUCAUUAAACCAAGGGCCAGACCUGUUUUCCCAACCACCCCUAUGGUGAUGGGGUGGAACAUUGAGGAUGCCCAAAGCCCCCAACUUGGGCAGUAAUCUCCUCUGUUUAGCAUGGAAACAAGUUUGGGAUGAGUGUUUAGCUCAGGAGUGACCCUCCCAACUGGAGUUUUUAAGGGGCUGCUGACCAGGAUCGAGAGGCCCAGCAGACAGAAAUGAGAUGGAGGCUGGUAGCAAGCUAGCCCUAGCUGGGGCUUGCUAGAAGGAAGCCAGCGAAGGUAACAUUUAGGUGCAGUGGCCACACAGACCUUGGGUGAGCGACAGUCUCCACUGGGCUCACCCAAAGUGCCCAAUUUUCAUCUCUGUGGCCCCAAGGUCUACCUGCCCUCUGGCCAUUCUACCCUGAAGGGACAGCCAGGGCUCUCCAUGAUGUAGGCAGGAAAGCAGCCACCCCUAGCCAGAGAUUGGCAGCAUAACCAAAGGCACAGGGGUAAGAGGAUGUGGGCCAGCUGGGUUUCCUCCUGCCCUGGAUCUGCCCCAACUACAGGACUCAUAUUCAUUACCAUGUGGGGUAUCCCCACAGCCUUCAUGGCGUCCUUCAUACUCCCUCUGCCGGAGUCGGGAGGAUGCCAAAGUCACCAGUUGUCUAAACCACUGACCUGGACCAAACCCCACAGUACUAAUAUGCAGCUCCACACCCUUCUGCCAUGGCCUCUCUGCAUCUGACUGGAGGUACCCCCCAGGGAGUGGUGACAGCACAGUUUGUUAUGGUGGAGUUUGUCUGAGUGCCAUUCAGGCUCCAGGUUGUUGCUGUGUGUUCUGAGGUAGACAGACCUGCCUCCUGAGGACCACUGGAAAUAAAGAUUCAAAAUUCACCAAUCCAGAAA